AUGUCGGAAGAGUAUAAGGAUAUUCGAGUUGUUCUCGCCAUUGACUUUGGAACGACCUACUCGGGAUAUGCGUAUGCACACGUUUCUAGUCCUGAUAAGAUUACAGUUAAAGAUAAUUGGGAUGGAAUCGAUGGUCGCUUUAAAAUACCGACCGUUUUAAAAUAUAAAGAUGAUUCCUAUGAAUCUAUCGAAUCGUGGGGCAAUAGUGCAUUAGCUCAUAAACCUUUUUUACCUGAUAAUUUGGAUUAUAAAAAAGUCAUCACAGAUUAUAUGAAAAAAUUAUGUGAAUCAAUUAAAGAAACUUUACCUACUACUUGGCCAGUUGUGGACUUGAACAGUAAUUGGGACUUGCACAGUAAUGUAUCGAUUGUCCUUACGGUUCCGGCGGAAUUUGUUGAUAAUGAAAUUAAAAUAAUGCGAGAAUGCGCCUUUAAUGCUGGUUUGCUGGCGGAGAAAUUUAGUAAUAAUCUUCGAUUUACAACGGAACCCGAAGCCGCAGCUAUCCAUUGUUUGCAUUCGAUAGUAAAAGAACAAAAUAAUUUAAAGCCGGGAGAUUCGUUUAUGGUUGUUGACUGCGGUGGUGGCACAGUAGACAUAACAACACGUGAACUAUUGGAAGACAACAAACUUAGCGAAAGAACGGUUCGUGGAGGAGAUUUUUGCGGAUCAACCUUUGUAGACCAGAAAUUCCUAGAGUUUAUUGGUGAAAUGACAGGACCAUUCGCAAUUGAACAAAUGAAAGAAAAUCAUUAUGCUCAAUUACAAUAUAUCGUACAAGAAUUUUGUAGAUAUGCAAAAUUUAAAUUUACGGGAGAAGAAUCUGUAUUUGAACCUUAUGAGCUCGAUUUGGAUGAAAUACCAGUAAUAAAGCAAUAUAUAAAAGGAGAAGAAGAAGAAACAUUAGAAAGUUUGGAAUGGUUUUUUGAAAUUGGUUUUGAAGAUAUUAAAGGGAUGUUUGAUCCAGUUAUAGAAAGAAUUAUAAACUUGAUUAAAGGACAAUUGGAUCAAAUUGAAAACGUUUGCUCGGCUAUGUUCCUAGUUGGAGGAUUUACUGUCUUAUACGGACUUAACGAAAGUACAGUGGCAACUCGUAAAUUACCGCAAACAUAUGGCACUGAUAUAGUACGAAAAUGGCAACCAAGUGAUCCGUUUUCACCAAAUGGAUAUGUCUUAGCUUUCGAAACACUUAAAAAACUUGGUGAUUCAGUACCUGAAAAUUACAAGAUUAUUAAACAUUUUCAACCUUUUUCAUUAUUACAACGAAAGAUAAGUUUUAAUAUGUAUGCCACAAAAAAAGAGAACGCAAAAUACUGUAAUGAUAAUGGAGUAACCUUGCUUCGUGAAUGGGAGAUUGAAUUGCCGGAAAAUGAAAAUCUUGAUGAUGUAACAAUAGUAUUUACUUUAACCUUUGGCGUUGAAAUUACAGCUACAGCCCCACAGUAUUGGUCAAUCGAGCUGUCACGAGGGUUAGAGGUCAGGCUGUUUGACGCAAAACUAAAUUCAAAUAUAAUUCUGAAACUUACUAAACCAUUUGUACGUCAGAAACUAACUAUUAUGUGA